AUGCUGCGCGCGUCUACGUUGCAAAAGGCAGGCGCUCUCGCAAAACAUGGACUCGCCGUAGCCGCUCGACCUGACGGGCUAUUUCUUUCCCGACUUUCUGCUCUUUCCCUCACGCGACCAACUCGCUCAUAUGCAACCACUCCCAAACACAUUCGGAGACGACAAAAGGCUGCACUCGAGGCUGAGCGCCCACCUGCCUUCCUCCGUCAUGUCGAGCUUCUCCGACAUGCUCUCGAUGCAAACGACGUACGACAAAUAGCUUCUGCCUACAAUGUCCUCCGCAACAAGAUCCCACUCGGUGAUCAAGAUGUCGCAGACAUUGCAAAGGCUCUGCACACCUCCCUCAGACUGCUUUCGCAAUCUAUUCGACGAUCUCGCAUUCCUGCAGAGCUCAGCAAUCUCGCCGACCUCCUGGUCCUCGACAUUCAGGCCAAAGUCCUACCUCCGAGCUACGAUGCUCACCUGCAUCUCUUGAGCUUCUACAAAGAAUCAGCUGCUUUCGACAAGGGAACCGCCUUCUGGUCCUGGUUGGUAAAACAAGGCGACGACUAUGUCAACGCAAACUUGUAUGGUGUCGCCCUCGAGCUCUUUGCCUUCCAGGGUCGUCCCGCUGAGGAAACCGAACAACUAUAUGAGAGCGCUCUUGAUCGCUUUCCUGGCGUGUUUCUUCAAUAUCAUCUUGCACACAACGCUGUCAUCGCCGAUCGUCGUCAGCCUACCGUCAUAUCAGGCAUUCCCAAGGCUCUUCUACAAGGCAUCCUGACCGCUCGCAUCUUGCGUGGUGAUGCCAAAAAUGCUUACCUUACGCUUGACACCGCCUUGAGACUUUUCCCUACCAGAAUACCUACUCGAUUUGUCACUCUCUUUGUGCAAGAACGUCCUCUUGAUGAAGCCUACAAGGUCUUCAUGCUCGCUUGUCAAGCUGGUGCUACUCCUGGUCACGAUGCUUUGAAGAUUCUCCUUACAAGGCUGAGGAAAGUUGCUGCUACAAGCCCAAUUGAGAAUGCUUCUCUAGUGCGUGCAAUGAUGAUGGCUUGCUACGCACACAACAUCUCUGGUGCGCCUCUCAACAACAAGUCCCUUAACGAACUUGUCAUAGCCAUCACUGUCCUAUUGAAGGAUCAUGCCUAUACUAAAAUGUCUUCCGAGCAACUGAGGCCCAUAACUGAUGCCAUCAGUGGCUUGCUUAGCGAUCUCUUUGGCAUUUGGGCUAGUGUAAACUCACCUCCAGGUAUAGCCUCGUUCAACUCUAUGAUUGCCAAUCUCGCUGGUCGAGGUAAGCGUAAAGACAUCAUCGAUAAUGCUCUCGAAGCUAUGGAACACUACAACCUCAAGCCAAAUACGGUAACUUUCCGUUCCAUUUUGUCAGCCGCGGGCGAAAUGGAAGAUUCUGAAGGAGUUCGUUCAGCUUGGACCAAUCUUGUGGCCGAACGUAUUGAGAAAGGUGCUGCCUUGGAACUUGUAGACUGGCAAAACUUGUUGAAUGCUGUUAGGCGCAUCAAUGAUCCGGACUACCUGCAACAACAGCUCUUCAACUUUCAACACAUUGUCUCUCCUCAUAUCCUGGACCAAAUGAGCACUGCGCUCCAGGCUCAUAAUUUCUCCAGAAAACUCAACCCAGAAAAGAAUGAUUCAAAGGAUGAUCUGACGACAAAAGCAAAAUCGAUGAGAAUCCUUGAACUUCUCAAGCGGGAUAUUGAGUACUUGUCCAACAAUGUACAAGUGAAUCGCAAUCUCUAUACCGAGCCAAUGUCGCUCUUGUUGUUGAAUCGCUCAAGCGUGUACACGAAUGUGCCGGAAGACUAUAUUCGUACAGUCUACGAUGAAAUGACAACAGACUCGUCAACGACUCUCAACAUGUUCCCACCAUCGACUUCCGAGUCGAGAACAGAUAUUGAGGCAGACGCGGACGCGGGCGCUGUAGAACAGACGCCAGCUAUGGGCCCAACAGGAUAUCCACUUGAUGAACUUCGAUACCAAAAUUGGAAGACGAUCAACGAACUACUGUUCGAUGCAAAAUUGCAUGACAAGAAGUACAUGGAUGCUGUUGACGAGGCCAUCAAGCUUGGUACGCCACCUCCUAGCCGCGACACAGAAUUGAGUCGUGUGCCGACACUGGACGAAUUUACAGGCUUGUGCGACUCAGCAACCACACAAAGUAACAACUCACAAAGCACUAUAGCAGGUGGUGAGAAAGCUGUAACACUCGAUGAGUUCCGCGAGAGAAUCUUCGAACUUCGUGGUCGCAAAGCUUGA